AUGGAAAUGCAGCAAAAUUGCAGUAUUUCAUGCUUCUGGGAAACUCAACCUCUCGGUUGUGUGAAGAUCAGUUGUAUCUUUUAUCACAGCAAACCUCGAAAUAUCAAUGGAUUAUUUUUGCCACCAAGUAGCAAUAGUGCACUACAGAAGGAGAUUCAGGACGGAGCUCCACCCCUGACUCGCAGUCAGGAACCUCCAAAGCCUCCAGAGACUCUGUCACGACCCAUUCGCCGUCCUUUAGUUUUAAAAACUAACUUUGAAGAAGAGGAGGAGGAAGGAGGUGAGCAGAAUGAUGCUUCUAGUGUGUGGACAAAGACUCCUGAAGAAAUUGAAGAAAAAAGAGCAAUAAAGGAGAUGUGUUAUAAAUCUGGUGAAUAUUACAGACUUCAUACUCCCCCUGACAUUUCGUCCUUAAAAAGCACAUCCUCUAUAGCAGAAAAAGAGUUAAAAAAGCCUUUGGAAAAUGGCAGUGAAUUGCAAGAAGGGGAUGGUCUUACAGUUCCAACAAAACUAAGCUCAAUUGAAAGGCAAAGUGAGAUAAAAGCAUCAUUGGACAGGAAACCAAGGGCUGACAUUGCUGCUUUUGAAAACGGAGGAGGUGACUGUUACGUUCCACAGAGGAUCCUAUUUCUUGGAGUAGAAGAAAAUAAAGCAUUAACUGAAGAAAAAGAAAUCACCCUGUCAAAAUGUUCAAAUGCUAAAGAGAACAAGGACAGUCCUCCAAAGUGCUCCCUAACUACCCAACUAGCACCUACAACCCAUGUAUUAAAUGCUACUGAGAAUAUCAGUUUGAAGUGCAGAGAGGCCCCCUCUUCCAUGAACGAUGUCCAGCCAGUGAGGAAACCUCAUUUUAAAGGCGUGAAAAAAAGAAAAUGGAUUUAUGAUGAACCAAAGAACUGUCCCGGCCAAGGAAUGCGGAGAGCAGUGGAGACACCAAAUCUAAAAAAUAAAAUGAGUUACCAUCACAAUAAUAAAGACAGAAAUGCUGAGGGUGCAUCUUAUAUCCGUGUUCAGAGGGAUGCUGUCAGGACUGUCUCAGUGAGUGCCCCUCACUGCAGCAGGCCCACAAAUGGCUUCAACAAUAAAAUCAAUGUUAACAAGGACCCCAAACUCAAUCUCUGUCCAGAUAAAUAUAUAUCAACAUCAUAUAAUGGUUCAGCCUGGCAAAAAAGAAUUCCUUUUUCAAAAACAUAUUCGAAAACUAAAAAAAUAUAUACAGAGCCAAGAAGAAAUGGGAGCAAGUAA